AGGUGGAGGUCAUAGCUGCUUUAAGGACAGUGAUGAAGCAAGGAUCAGAGCAAGAAGAAAGAAGUUCUGGGAGAAGGCCGUUGAUAUUGAGGAACUUUGUGGUCCCGGUGAAGCUUGGUGGGGAGUGAAAGGGCAGAUGCGGGAUGAUUUUAACCACAGCAAUAAAGCCAUUUCUUAUUCAGAACAUUUCAAAAAUAGCAGGUUUGUAGAGUCAGUGUUAGAUGUUUACUGGGAGCUUCCUCCUGUGGCUGGUCCUUCAUUAACUCAUCAGACGAGAUAUGAUCCGGCUCGUGCAUCAACUCCUAUUGUUGAAGAUGGCAGAUAUGGCUUGUUUCGGAGGCUUGGCUUAUCUAGACUGGAGGCAUCUGUAUUCAAUGGUUACACUCAAAUGGUCUAUCUUCAGGUGUCACAAGAAUGAGAUUUUGGUUGCCACUGCAUAUAAGUUGUAGUUUUGUAUUUACAUGUGAUCUCUCCAUUUUCUUUUUCUGUUCUUUUAGUUCUUUAAGGUGUAACUCUUGAGACACUUUCUGUGCUGCCAAUACAUACUACAAUCUUUCAGAUGUCAGCUUAUGCCCUCUGGUCAGGCUGAUAUUUCUUCAGAACCAUGGAAGUCCAAUGAGUGAAUCUGUAUGCGAUGCCUGUAGAUUAUGUGCUAAAAUAGCUUCAUGUUCAAAUUGCUCUCCUUAUUCUGGUUAUUUAACCUUAUUGCAAUGAUGUUAAAAUUA